GUUGGGGUUUCCGUCCCCUGUCCUGGCUGAGUUAAAUUCCUUCCUGUCGCUUUAAGGAGACUCUGGCCACCGCGUAGUGGAAAGCCCGGAUGCGGCCCUCUGAUUGGGCGGGGCGCCUCUGAUGUCAUCCUAGAUACAAAAGGGCCCGAGUGGCCGGCGCCGGGACAGAACAUCCGAGCGAUUUGCCUAGGAAGAGUUGGCGCGUUUUCCGCCGAGAACCAGCCGCUGUCUAUUCCGCGCUGCUCAAGAGUCCCCGCAACCCUCACCGUCGAGUUGCCAUGGAGGUACAGAAAGAGGCGCAACGCAUCAUGACACUGUCGGUGUGGAAGAUGUACCACUCGCGUAUGCAACGCGGAGGCCUGCGCCUGCACCGAAGUCUGCAGCUGUCGCUGAUCAUGCGCAGCGCCCGGGAGCUCUACCUCUCGGCCAAAGUGGAGGCCCUUGAUCUCGAAGCGUCCUCGCCGCCUGCCGCCUGCCCGGACCCGCGCCUGCACCCGCCGCGAGAAGCAGAAGUACCCGCCGCGAGUGCGCCCCCCGACGGGGAGCCGCCGUCGCCGGAGCCCAUGGACACGCAGGAGGAGGAAGAGGAGGCGCCCCCCAGAGCUGCGGAGACCCUGGCCCGCUACUCCCCGCGCCCCACCAGGGUCAGCCGCAAGCGACGCAGCAGUAGCCUGAGCGACGGCGUGGACGCCGGCCUCGUUCCCAGCAAGAAGGCCCGCUUGGAGGAGCAAGACGGAGCGGAGGACGCGUCGUCUGAGGUUCCUGAUCGCCUGAUGCCCCCACCCGCUCAGGCAGAAGGCGCCUUCCCCAAUCUGGCGCGCGUCCUGCAGCGAAGCUUCUCGGGGCUCCUGAGCCGAGGCCCUGUCGCUGCCCCGACGGCACCCCCCGCGCGUGACGCCAAACCUGCCUGUCGCCCGGCGGACCCUAUGCUGAGCGUGCUCGUGCGCGCUGUGGUGGCGUUUUGAGCACCGAGCCCGCUGCUGGAGCCAGAGCGCGCACAGAGCCGUCGACCUGAGCGGGCAACCCGAGGCGUUACGCCCUCCCCGAGGUGUGUGAACCAGCGAGAACGGAGAAGGGAAGCGGCCGCCCGGGCUACGGGAUCCGGAGAGGGACAGUGCCCGGGGAUCGUCGUCGUCCGCGCCGCGUCGGCCCAGGAGCCAGGGGCGCGGGCGCCUUCCGCAAGCCCCGCGGUGCCCAGAGGUGCUGAUUUGUGGACUGGGACCUGGGUCACAGCCUCUCCUGCUUGGGAGAGGGUAGACUUGGUCCAUCAAUCUCAGGGUCGGAUUUGAUAUCUUUACAUUUUUAAAUCAAACGCUGGGCCGCCCUUCCAAGACUUUCCAGUGUGCCCUUUCAGCCUCAGAGAAUUCCAGGCCUCCCCUGCUCCUCUGGUGACAUACUUGUGCAAGCGGUCACCGUUGCGUCAUGGGGCAGGGGUGGGGAGCUUCCUGUCGCCUAGCGUGGGUGUAGGGCCUGGGAGGUGGCUCUGGGGCGUGGACCGCCCUGGGGAGUGGGAGGAGUGCGGCCUGAGUCACUGCGCCUUGCUGCUGCGAGAGCCCAGCGAGUUUCAGAUUCAUUUUUUUUGGUUUGUUUUUUGUUUUUAAAUUUACUCAUCUGUUUCUCUUAGAGAGGUGGCGCAACGUUCGCAGCCCAGAGCGUGACCACUUUUGGACACGCGGACAUACAACCUAGAUGAACCUUGGAGGGGUGGGAAGGUGCUGGGACCGAGCGAUAACCGCAUGGGCGGUGGAGGCCUGUUUACCUUACCCGCAGUGGGUGUUGUAUACCUGGCGUCUCUUUGGAAAUGUCAGCCAGGACAAUAAAGACCAUUGCAGUGAAAA